UUCUGAUCGUCAUCAUGUUUGCCGAAAAGAUGAAAAUUAAUCUCAUUUGUUUUUUUCUUUUAAAUUUUAUUACGCCAUAUUCGUUGGGUGAUGGAGUUUUUGGAUGUGGAGGAUUCGUUAAAUCUGAUGUUGAUAUAAAUUAUUCCUUAGUUGAGGUAAAACUGUAUACACCCCAUGGAAGUAUAAAGUAUCAAACGGACUGUGCACCAAACACUGGAUAUUAUCUCAUUCCACUCUAUGAUAAAGGGGAUUAUAUUUUAAAGGCUGAGCCACCAAAGGGUUGGGGAUUUGAACCUGCAAGUGUUGAGCUCAAAGUUGAUGGAGAAAAUGAUCCUUGCAGCAAAGGGGAAGACAUCAAUUUUAAGUUUACUGGAUUUUCCAUCAUGGGCAUUGUUGCCAGUUUGGGACAAACAUCAGGACCAGCUGGUGUGAAACUAGAUCUGAUAUCUUCUUUAAAGCCUGAUGUCUUACAGUCCACUCUCACAGAUGGGAAAGGAAGCUUUGUCUUCUCCAAUGUGAUGCCAGGAGACUAUAAAAUUCUAGCUUCUCAUUCAUCAUGGCAGUUCAGCAAGGGUGAAGUGACUGUACAUGUGAAAAAUGACAAUGCUAAUGUUGGUACAGGGUUGACCAUUGGAGGCUAUGAUGUCAGGGGUGAAGUUACAGGAGAUGGCCAGCCCAUGAAGUCUGUCAACUUUGUUUUAUUUUCUCAAAAUAAUCAGCCUACAAAUGUAGUUCAGUGUGAGAAAGGAUCACCCAAAGGUUUUCUGACAAAAGAAUCAAAGUUAACUCCACUUUGUUAUGUGACAUCUAAAGAUGAUGGGAGUUUUGUAUUUCCUGUGGUACCUUCUGGUUCUUAUUUCAUAAUUCCAUUUUACAAAGGAGAGCACAUCACAUUUGAUGUUGAGCCAGAGAAGCUAGAGUUUGAAGUUAGCCAUGGCUCAGUUAUACUGAAGGAAAAGUUUGAGAUCGCAGGCUUCUCUGUUAGCGGGAAAGUUCUUGAUAAAGAAAAUGGAGUAGGGAUUCCCAAAGCUACGAUCAUCAUAAAUGGCAAAGACCAAACCACAAGUGGAUCAGAUGGCUCAUUUAGCUUGGAGAACAUGAAGACUGGGACCUAUAGGCUGACUGCUAGGGUUGAUAAUGUUGCCUUUGAGGAGAUGUCUGUGGAGAUCACACCCAAGACCCCUCAGCUACCAAAUUUAAUUGCUUCAGGCUUCAACAUGUGUGGUAAAGUCAGCAUAGACAGAGUGCCAGAGAGCCUGGGUAAACUCUCCAGUCAAAGGAAAGUCAUCUACUACCCUGAGGGCAAAGGUUCUGAUGCCAAAUCUGUAACAACUGAUUCUACUGGCUCGUUCUGUGAACUGGUUAAAUCUGAGAAAUAUAUAGUGAAGGUGUACAUGAGUGAUGUUGAAAUCAAGGCUGGUUUGACCUUGACCCCGUCUGAAAGGGUUGUGGUUGUGUUGAACAAGCCUGUCCUUGAUGUGAACUUCUCUCAGUUUAGAGCCAAAAUCUCUGGCAGUGUCAAAUGCAUGGAAAAGUGCCAGAACACGGAGAUUACCCUGGAUGUUGUUGGCAGGACUGAUACCCAGAUGAGAACCACAGCAAAACUAUCUGGCAAUGAGGCCUCUUUUACAUUUGAGAAUGUUAUGCCAGGAAAAUACAAAGCAUCCAUUCUCCUGGAUAACUGGUGCUGGAAAGAAAAAUCCAUUGAACUGGAUGUCUUGGAUAAUGACCUGACGGGCCUGGAGUUUAUCCACACUGGCUACAUCCUCAAGUGCAGUGUUUCUCAUCCCAUUACCAUUAACUUUGCAGACAAUAAGAAAGAGAAAAGUGUAGGAUCUUUCCUUUUGGACAAAGGUUUGAACAGGUUUUGUCUAGCUCAUCCAGGGAUUUACCAGCUGACACCAGAUUCCUGCCACCGUUUUGAUCAGGAGAAUUAUAGCUAUGACACCUCUAACCCACUGAUCCUAACCCUCACUGCUAUCCAGCACCUUGCCCUGGGGACUGUGACCACAGACAUCCCUGUUGAUGAUAUAGUCAUCACCAUCAAGUCCUCUGUGGAUGAUAUUCCAACUGUCCUGGGUCCACUCAAGCCGAACACAACAGCAACAUCAGCGGCCAAAGCUUCAGCCGCCAGUGCAGAUAAGGAAAACAAGAAGCAGCCGACAACAACAGUGUAUAACUUCUCACACUGGGCCAGGUCAGGUGAGACUCUAACUGUAUCAGCCAAGUCAUCUGAUGUCCUGUUUUACCCCAGCUCCGUUGAUGCUUUUAUCAGUGGUGAUGGGUGUCCAGGGAAGAUUGUUGAUUUGAUUGGUCGUAAAGGAGUGUUUAUUGAGGGUAAAAUAACACCCUCACUCAGUGGUGUCACAGUCACUGUGAGUGAUGAGAGUGGUACUAUGACACCCAUUGUCCUCAUCACAGACAGCCAAGGGAAGUACAGAGUUGGCCCCCUUCAUGCUGACAAGAAAUAUCUGGUAGCUGCAGAGAAAGAAGGUUAUGUGAUGUCUAAAGAAAAGGAGGACUCCCUGCUAUUUAGAGCAUUUAAGCUAGGGGAAAUAGCAGUACAGAUGUUGGAUGAGAAAGGUCAACCUCUGCCCAGUGUCCUUCUUUCUCUGAGUGGUGACCACCAGUACAGGUCCAAUAAUGUGACUGGGACAGAUGGUCACAUGAUUUUCACAGGAUUAAGCCCUGGUCAGUAUUUUCUCCGCCCAAUGAUGAAGGAAUACAAGUUUGAACCAGCCUCACAGAUCAUCAUUGUACAAGAGGGGACAACUGAGAAAAUCAGCAUCAAAGGUGCUAGGGUUGCCUUUAGCUGUUUUGGCAAAGUGACCUCCCUGAAUGGUGAACCUGAGCCUGGCAUCAUCAUAGAAGCUCUGGGCAAGGGUGACUGCAGUGUGUACCAGGAGGAGAGCAAGACAGAGACAGAUGGCUCCUACAGGAUCAGAGGGCUGCAGCCCAACUGCCUGUAUGACAUUCACCUCAAGUCUGGUGAAGUCAACACACACAUAGAGCGUACAGCACCUACUGCCAGACAGGUUCAGGUAUCAACUGCUGAUCUCCAAGACAUCAACAUCAUUGCUUUCCGUCGCAUGAAUCAAAUGGACAUCAGUGGCAAUAUCAGAACAAAUCUGAAAUUUUUACACACUCUCAGGGUGAGCCUGGUGAGUGAAGCCCAGCCUGACACACCUAUACAUAUUGUGGCUCUCAGCAAGUCAUCUUUCUUCUUCCUGCCUACACUAGUGAUGGACAAUAAGAAUUACCUUCUGACCCUGGAGAGCAGCCUGUCAAGAUCUGAGUAUGAUUAUAAACUUCCGUCUGUUGAGUUUGCUGCCAACAGAUCACACAGGCACUUCACAUUUGUCUUCAACCCUAAGCCCAAAUCAGUGGACCAAGAUCUAAACCAAGGCUCCUUCCUUGUCCUGCCCAUCAUUGCUAUAUUGGUGGCUCUAAUCUACAACCACAAGACGGUUGUCCCAUACCUUCUGAAUGUCUACCAACAUGUGCAGGCUGUGGCCAUGAAGGCACCCACAGGCCUCUCCUCACCCACCUCCUCAUCCACGUCUUCCUCAAGUUCAAACUCACCUUCCCCUGACGCACCGCUGCCCUCAGAUUUCUUUGGAGAGUCAUCUCCGGUCAAACGAAAAACCAAACCAAGAAAAGCUCAGUAGGGUUUGUUUUUGUUGGUGGGGAAACAUGAUGUAGAGUGGAUAUAAAAUGCGGAGGGCUGAAUUAAAAUGUGGAUUUGAGUGGAUUAAAAAUAUGGAGGGCUGAAUAAAAAUGUGGAGUUGAGUGGAUUAAAAAUAUGGAGGGCUGAAUUAAAAUGUGGAGUUGAGUGCAUUAAAAAUAUGGAGGGCUGAAUUAAAAUAUGGAGUUGAGUGGAUUAAAAAUGUCAUGGAUGGAUUUAAAAAACAUGGAGUUAAGUGGAUUAAAAUGGUUGAGAGGAUUAAAAUGUUAGUUGAGAGGAUUAAAAUGUUGACUGGAUUAAAUUGUGGAUUUUGCUGCCAGUGUGAUCGCCAUAAUCCAUGUGAGGGAUGAAAGUUUUUUACAUGAACCAGAAGAAACAUGUUGCAUCUGUGUACCAUUUCUAUUAGUGGUCAUCAGUUCAGUGAACUGAAGUAUUCAUGUACAAUUCUCACAGCAAGAAUGUGUGUGUUGAGAUGUUUGUUAUAUUUUAUUUCUAUUUAUUUAUCUAGAAGAAAUGAACCUACUGUGUUAAUAGUCGGUGUAACUGAGUUAGUGCCCAUAUAUAGCAUUUUAGCACCUUUUAAAAAAAAUAUUGUCCGGCAUGUGGAAACCCCAAUCAUGAGCUCAAUGAUUUGUGGGUGUUUGAGAAUUUAACUAGAUAUUCUAUAACUUUGUGAUGUUAACUAUUUAAUGUUUUAAGUGUAAUUUCUCCAGUUUUGAUUCAAUGUGUUUUUUACAUACAGCAUUUAGCAUUCCUCUGUUUAUAAGGCCAUUUAGAGAUAUUUGUUGUGUUGUAUUGAAAUAAGAGAGUUCUUAUUUUCACACUGAAUGGUUGACUGUUGUCACUACUCCUAGAAUAGUUGUGUAAAUAAGUGAUACUAUUGAGUUUGUUCAUGUGAACUUGGUUAAAAAAGUAAAAUAGUUCCGAAGGGUUGAUUCAUAGUUGAGUGGGGUGGGGCUGGCAGGGGGUGUGUGAUUGACAGCUAUUUAUUUUACAAGGUGUAAAUUAAUGAUCAGUUACUGUGUCAGACAGCUGUGUAAUACUGACCUUCAGGUCAAGGUCAGUUAUAUUGACUGGUCAUAGGUCAGUUCUCAGUCAUGUAGUUAUAUUAAAUGACCUUAUGUGUUGUCUGAAAUAUUUUGAUUGGCAUUGUCACAUACACCUAUGUUCUGUUGACAAAGUUAUGAUUAAAUUUUUUACCC